AUGUCGUGCACGGAGCUUUACCCCACUUCUCCAAGGGACGUCCUGACGAAACUCUACGUCGGAACCUCGAUCCGCAAUGUGCCCACGCCGGCAGCCGUCGUCAACCUGGCAGCCGUCAGGAGAAAUUGCGAACGGAUGCUCCAGGCUUGCGACAAACUCGAGCUGGCUUGGAGAGCCCACGUCAAGACACACAAGACUCUCGAAAUCACUCGGUUCCAGGUGGGCGAAGAUGCGACCAAGCCCGUGAAUCUCAUUGUCUCCACGUUGGCCGAGGCCGAGUUCCUGCUUCCCAUGCUGAAGGAAUACCAAAAGCAGGGCAGAAAAGUUAAUGUUCUUUACGGGCUGCCGAUGCCUCGAAACGCCCUGUCUCGCAUGGUGGCCAUCGCUCAAGCCUUGGGAGAGGGAGGUGUGUCCAUGCUGCUGGAUGACGCCGGGCAGGUUCCCAUCCUGUCCGAACUUCACCGCCUGUCAGGAAUCGUACCUCUUGCGUACAUCAAGAUCGACAUGGGUGGGCGCAGAGCCGGCGUGGAAGCGCAAAGCCAGCGGUUCCUGGAACUGGCUGAUGCUGCGCUGGAAGCGCACGACCGAGGCAGGAUGAUCCUAUCAGGGUUAUAUUCCCACGCUGGCCACUCGUACGGAGGUGACAGCCCAACCGCGGCUGUCAAGAUGAUGGCGGCCGAGCUCACUGCUCUCCUGCAAGGGGCGGAUCGAUUGACAGCCCGGGCCGCUGACAGGUCGUCGGCCGCCGGCCUGCAUCGACUUGUCUUGUCUGCGGGAGCCUCGCCAACAUCGCUGGCUGUGCAGAACCUCAUCGCUGCCGCCGAGCAGCAAGGGCACCGAAAAAGCCCAGAGGGCCAGAUCAAGCCCGAGGUCGCGUCUCUGGCGGGCGUGCUCGCCACUGCCAGGGACAGAGGGCAUGUCGUGGAGCUGCACGCCGGCGUGUACCCGAUCCUGGAUCUGCAGCAGCUCGCGGCGCACAGCGUAGACCCGCGCAGGCUGUCAUGGGGCGACAUGGCGCUGACAAUAGUGGCAGAGGUGCACAGCAGGUAUCCCGGCAGGGGCGCCGGCGGCACCGACGAAGCCUUGGUCGGCGCGGGCGGCUUGGCGCUCGCGAGGGAACCCUGCAAGGCCUACGAGGGCGUGGCGAUGCUCACGCCGUGGGGCAGGUGCGGCGCGUCGCUGCCGUCGUGCGAGGUCGAGGACUACCGCGGCUGGAUCGUCGGACGCGUCUCGCAGGAGCACGGCAUCCUGACGUGGAGAUCUGGGGGGGCGGCGGAAGGCGAAUCCCAGGCUGCGGAGCCGGACGCGCUGCCCGAGGUUGGGGACAAGGUUCGACUCUGGCCGAACCACGCCUGCAUCGCUUCGAGCCAUUACGGAUGGUACUUUGUCGUUGACGAAAGCAGAUGCGGGAAGGAGGAUGAAAUCGUAGACGUCUACAUUAGGGCCAGGGGGUGGUGA